AUGGCAGGGGACGGGGAGCUCAACCGCAUCAUCAAGGACCUGCAGAGUAAGUGUGCCAGCCUGUCCUCUGCCAGCUCCCCUGCAUCCCCCUGGCCACGCCAGCUCCCUCCUUGCACCCAGCCUGCAGGCAGCCGGGAGGAGACCGUGGCCGAGCUGAACCACAGCUACCGGGAGCAGAACCUGCCGGUGACAGAUGGGAGCCGGGAGCUGCACAGCCUCUGUGCCCAGCUGGAGUUCCUUCUCCAGUUCGACCUCAAGGAGAAGAGGAGCUUCUUUGGGCAGCGCAAGGACUAUUGGGACUUCUUGUGCCAGGGCCUGGCACGGCGCCGUCAGGAGCAUGAGGGUGUUCGCUUUGUCACAUCCCUGGACAAGCUGAAGACCCCUGUGGGCAGGGGCCGAGCCUUCCUGCGGUACUGCCUGGUGCACCGGCAGCUGGCAGAGUCCCUGCAGCUCUGCCUCCUCGACCCUGAGAGCCUCCGUGAGUGGUACUACGCCCGCAGCCCCUUCCUGAGCCCCCAGCGCCGGGCCGAGAUCCUGGGCAGCCUCUACGAGCUGGAUGGUGUCACCUUCCGCCUAGCUCUGUGCAGGGCUGACCUGGACACCGCCUGGCCCAUGUUCUCUGAGACACUGAUACGGCCCAGCCCAGUGACCAGAAGCAGCUCAGCAAUGAAGGCCCAGCAGACAGAUGAUAAUGGCACCAGGGAGCAUGGAUGGCCCGAUGGCAUUGCCCAUCCCACCAUGGCACCCCAUGGGGUGCCAGGCCAUCCAUGCCCACCCACCUUGACUGCCCUGCAGGCAGGAGGUGUAGAGGUGGACAAUCUAGAGGUGAAUGACAUGGAAGAAGAAGAUGAAGAGGGGGUGGAGAAGGAUGAGGAGGAGGAGGAUGAGGAGGAGGUGGAGGAUGUGGAGGUGGAUGUGGAUGACGAUGUGGAGGAGCACAUGGAGGAGGAAGAUGUGGAAGAGGAGGUUGAAGAGGAGUUGGAGGAGCAUGAAAAGAAGAUGAAGGAUGUGAAUGUAGAGGACCUGGAGAACACACAUGGGGCUAGCAAAGCACUUCAGCCCAAUGGUGAUGGGGAGCCUGGCACAUCCCCACCACCCAGAAUGGGAUGCAUGCCAGGCUCCCUGCCACCAGUGCCCAGACAGCUGGAUGAGACAGAGGCAUCCCUGCGGGCACUGGUGUCCCAGCUGCAGACCGAGCUGGGGCAGCAGGAGGUGGCAUCACGGGUGCUGGUGGCCCGGCUGGCACGGGAGGAGCAGCGGCACCGGCUGCAGGAGGAAAGCAGUGCCCAGCAGGCCCAGCUGCAGGCACAUGAGGCUGAGGCACUGCGGGAGACCAACAUCUUCCUCGGGCAGGCACUGGAAGCAGCGGUGGCAGCAGGGGGCCCAGAUGAGCUGGCGCGGGUGCAGGAGGAGGCACAGGGCUGGCGGGUGGCCGCAGAGGAGCGGGGUGCCCAGCUUGCUGCAGCGCUGGCAGAGGCGGCAGUGCUGGCCUCACACCUGAAGGACUGCCAGGCGGCACUGGCAGCAGUGGGACGGACAGACACACUGAAGGAUGGUGGUGCCACAAAUGAGGUGGCCACCAUAGAGGAGGUGCUGCGGCAGGCACUGGAGCUCGCCCACAGUCACCAGGAGCCCCUGCUGGACUACCAGGCAGAGGGGGAGACCAGCACAGCUGCUGGCAUGGCCAUGCGCUUGGCCACCCUGGCCGCUGCAGCGCGGGAGGAGGCCUGGCAGAGCCGGCAGCAGCUCCAGGCUCAGCGGCAGGAGGUGAUGCGGCUUCAGGAACAGCUCAGCAGGGCCCAGCAGGACGGGGAGCGCUGGGCAUUGGCACUGCAGCGGGCACAGCGGGAAGCUCUGGAGCGGGAGGCCAUGCGUGGCACCGAGCAGGCACGGCAGCAGGAGCUCAUCCGCGACAUGAAGGGGCGGCUGCUGGAGCUGCUGCGGGAGAAGGAUGCCUUGUGGCAGAAGACAGAGGGCAUUGACAACCCGAUGCCCAGCCCGGCGCCCCGUGAUGUAGGGCUCUGUGCCCGCUGCCACAAGGAUUUCCGCCUCCUCUCCCGACGGUACAACUGCAGGCUGUGCCAGGGCAAGGUGUGCCAUGCGUGCUCUGUGGAUGUGGGCAAGCAGGGACGCUGCUGUCUGCUUUGCUAUCAGCAAAGGCACCCACAGACUACAUGAGCCAGGACCACAGCCCGCAAACUGUCGUGCCCUGGCUGCCUCCUCUUGGACUUAUCAGGGACCCAGGCGUCU